AUGCAGGUGAAGAAGGUGAAGAAGGUGAAGAAUAUGCAGGUGAAGAAGAUCACGUAUGAUUGCUAUAGCAGUCAAAGAUUUCACACCUGCUACAACAACUUUGAGUCUCGGGUGACUGCUAUAGCGGUUGGAGACUACUGUAGCAGUAUUAACUUGCACAAUUUGCGGAUUCUUUCAUCUGAAGGGGGAUUUCAAAUCUUUUGGCAGAUGACUUUAGGUGACGAUUUAGAUCGCAAGGAUGGUGGUUGCAGAGAGGGUUACGGCUGGUGCGGUGGUGAUUUGGGUGAGAUAGAGAAGUGGUGGUUAGGAAGUGGUAGAGCUGAGGAGAGGCUAGCGAAGACAGAGGGGUACUUGGCCUUAAUGGAGGAGGCGUGGGCGGAUGCGAUGGUGAGUGAGGGUAGACCGGGGGGCGGUGAGAUGCGGCUAGGGUUACCGGGAGGAGAAGGCUCCCAUGAAGGCCCUGAGUCACGUGUGUGA